AUGCCAUAUCUUGCAUAUAGGUUGUCCGUAAAUGACGGUACGCUUGCAUAUACUAUUAAGCCGACCGGAAACAUGUGGUUCCAGAUUGUCGUUUUCGUCGUUAGCACAGUGGCCCCAGUCCUAACCGGCCUCCUCGCUGUUUGGGGAUUUAUGGGUGCAUUCUACUCUGUCGAAUUUAACAAGGUCGGUGUCAGGGUCAAAGGAAUGGGAGCUCUGGUCCCUGCUUUUAUUGGAAAGAGAGGUAAGCAAAAGUCAAGGGCACUGAUUCCUGGCAGCGCAGCUGCCUCUCGCCUGUCCCCAGUGCCUGGCGCAGUUGGCGCAGCUGGUGCAGCUGCAGACAGAAGAACCAUCCUUAUUGCUACUAUGGAGUACGAUAUUGAAGAUUGGGCUAUCAAGAUCAAGAUCGGUGGUCUCGGUGUCAUGGCGCAACUUAUGGGAAAGAAUCUUGGCCAUCAGGACCUGAUUUGGGUUGUUCCUUGUGUCGGUGGUGUCGAAUACCCCGAAGCUGAACGUGCUGAGCCGAUGUCUGUGACUAUUCUUGGUUCCACCUAUGAGGUCGAAGUCCAGUACCACAUCCUGCGCAGCAUUACAUACGUGCUGUUGGAUGCUCCGGUCUUCAGGAAGCAGACAAAGACUGAUCCCUACCCGGCCCGAAUGGACGACCUCGAAUCCGCUGUCUAUUACCACUUGGAACAGUGUAUUGCACUUGCAAUUACGCGUUUCCCCAUUGAUUUGUAUCAUAUCAACGAUUAUCACGGAGCUGCGGCACCUCUUUACAUGCUUCCAGACUGCUAUCGUCCUGUUUGCCAGACCACUCACCAAUAUCUGUAG